AUGGGUGGUGCGGUGAAGGAUCUUACUUCAAAGUCGGAGCUGGAUAACUUGCGCCAGAGCGGCGCACCUAUCGUCCUUCACUUCUGGGCUUCCUGGUGUGACGCUUCGAAGCAGAUGGAUCAAGUUUUCUCUCAUCUCGCCACCGAUUUCCCCCGCGCUCACUUUUUUAGGGUGGAAGCUGAGGAACAUCCUGAGAUCUCUGAGGCUUACUCUGUUGCUGCUGUGCCGUAUUUCGUCUUCUUCAAGGAUGGCAAAGCUGUGGAUACACUUGAGGGAGCAGAUCCAUCAAGUUUAGCCAAUAAGGUCAGCAAAGUUGCUGGUUCUAGUACUUCUGCUGAGCCUGCUGCUCCUGCAAGCCUAGGGUUAGCUGCAGGGCCAACGAUUCUCGAAACCGUCAAGGAGAACGCCAAAGCUACUCCGCAAGACCGAGCUCAGCCUGUAUCCACUACCACUCCCACCGAUGCUCUCAAAACCCGUUUGGAGAAACUCACUACCUCUCACCCUCUCAUGCUGUUCAUGAAAGGCUCUCCUGAAGAGCCAAGGUGCGGGUUUAGCCGGAAAGUAGUCGACAUUCUGAAAGAGGAGAAGGUUGAUUUCGGAAGUUUCGACAUUCUCUCUGACAACGAAGUGCGCGAAGGCCUGAAGAAAUUCUCCAACUGGCCUACGUUUCCUCAGCUGUACUGCAAAGGAGAGCUUCUCGGUGGAGCUGAUAUUACGAUAGCGAUGCACGAGAGUGGUGAGCUGAAAGAAGCGUUCAUCGAGCAGGGAAUCACUACAAAUGAUGGAGAAGGAGGGAUAGUCUCACUUGAAGAUAGAUUGAAGACACUGAUCAACUCUGAAAAGGUUAUGCUUUUCAUGAAAGGCUCACCGGACGAACCGAAAUGCGGAUUCAGCUCGAAGGUUGUGAAAGCGCUGAGAGCAGAGGAUGUUAGUUUCGGGUCGUUUGAUAUAUUGAGUGAUGAAGAAGUAAGGCAAGGGAUUAAGAAUUUCUCAAACUGGCCUACGUUUCCUCAGCUUUACUAUAAAGGUGAGUUGAUUGGAGGAUGUGAUAUUAUUAUGGAGCUUAGUGACGGUGGUGACCUCAAAGCAACUCUAUCUGAGUAA